AUGUCAACAGAGCUAUCCGAUGAGCUACAAAACGAGCAAGAGGAAAGACGGGAAUAUGUGAAGAAUAUUGGAAUCGAGUAUAGAUUUGGAUGCUACGAGGAAAAACGACCCGAUUCUUGUCAAUUGCUAGGUGAAUAUAUGGAGGCCAUUGAACAAAAUUUUAAGUCAGCGCUAUCUCUUUUUCGGCAAAAUUGCGAAGAACGAAAAUAUCCAAAAAGCUGCUACAAAUAUGCAAUGUAUUUAUUAGCAGGAAAAGAAUGUGAACCCGAUUUGAAAAAGAUGAUUCGUCCACUUGAAAUAGCCUGUGAUGCCAAUAUCAACAAAGGAUGCAGAUAUUUAUCUUUGGUGCACUGGAAUGGAGAAAAAGAUCGACCUGCGAAUAGCAAAUUGGCUGAAAAGUUUAUGGCUAAGGCUUGCGAAUUGGAAGACGGGGAGGCUUGCUGGUUAUUGUCAACGUGGUACAUGGGCAGGGAAGAAAAAUUCGUCAACGCAAAGAAAGGAAAAGAGGAUUCAAAAGCCGAUCUCGGAACACUUGCUCGUAACAUGUCGAAGGCUCUAUACUAUGGAAUUAAAGCUUGUGAACUAAAUAUUCCCUAUAGUUGUGCAAAUGUAGCAAGGAUGUACAAAAUCGGAGACGGUAUCGAAAAAGAUGAGACGAAGGGAAAAGAAUUCGCAGAAAAGGCGGGUGAAAUAAUGAAAAACAUGCAGUCGAAAGAGAAUGUGUCACCUGGAUUUACUGCU